CCGCGCGUACAGCGCGCGCCCCACGGGGCAGCACACAGCAGCCAGGCCGCGGACCGGGCCGCGGACGCAGCGAAAUGUGGUUACCCGGAGCCCUGCUCGCGGGGCUGCUUCUCGGCACGACGACAGUGAACGCGCAGCAAUGGUCAUCUUGGAACGGCUCGGACCCGCGGCAGAGGGUGGGCCUGUAUGACCGGCGGCCCGACACCUACGAGGACCCCAGGCGGUACGAGGACACGCGGCGCUACGAGGACUACGCGCGCAGGGAGCAGGAGGCCCGGCGCUGGGAGUCCGACGAGGAGGCCCGGCGGCGCGCCCCCGCGGGGCUGGAGGCCGCCGGCGGCAGCUAUGACCUGGUGAACGCGAGCGGCAUCGAGGCGGCACGGAGGAACGGCACCGGGGCGGCGUGCGCGCCCAAGUGCUUCGCCGAGAAGGGCAACAGGGGCCCGCCUGGAGUGCCUGGAGUUCCAGGCCCCAGAGGUCAGCAGGGCUUCCCCGGUCCGGAGGGCUUGCCCGGCUCCAAGGGAGAGAAGGGCGAGUACGGAUUGUCGGGCCCCCGAGGACCCCAGGGUGACCGGGGGCGCGGUGGAAUCCCCGGCUUCCCCGGUGUUAGCGGAUUGCCUGGACAAGUGGGGCCCCCUGGACUUCCAGGCCGGCCCGGUCUGGACGGCUGCAACGGCACAGACGGCGCGCCCGGCGGCCCUGGACUGCCCGGCGAGCAAGGGCCGCGCGGUUUCCCGGGAACGGCCGGCCCGAAGGGAGACAAGGGCGAGGCGGCGUACGCGGGGCUGUUCCCCAAGGGCGAGAAGGGCCAGCCCGGCAGGGACGGGCUUCGCGGCCAGCCAGGCCCGCCCGGCAUCCAAGGGCCGGCAGGACCGCAAGGCUUCAAGGGAGACCUCGGUCGGGAGGGCCCGAUGGGUCCGCCCGGCCCGAAGGGCGACAAGGGCCCGAUGGGGCUCGGCUUCGUCGGCCUGCCCGGAGAGAAGGGAGAGAAGGGACCGCCAGGGCUCCCCGGCGACGGCGGCUACAUCCACAUUGCGCCGGGCGCCCAGGUCGGGCCGCGCGGCGAGCAGGGCGACAAGGGCGACAGGGGCGAACGCGGCAACGACGGCGUCAAGGGAGAGGCGGGCGUGCCCGGAGAGCCCGGCGCGCCUGGCGAGUUCGGCAAGCAGGGCGAGAAGGGACUGCCCGGACCACCCGGCCAGCGGGGCCCCACCGGCUUCGCCGGCCUGCCGGGUCCCGAGGGCCUGAAGGGCGACCGCGGCGUCGACGGCCUGUCCGGUCUGCCCGGCCGGCCCGGCCUGAAGGGCGAGCCUGGAUUCGACGGCGGCCCCGGCCUGCGCGGUCUCACCGGACCGCCAGGGCCUCCCGGUGGCGGCAAGGGGCGCCCCGGACCCCCUGGACCUCAAGGACCCCGUGGAUACCCCGGCCCGGUCGGCCCUAAGGGCGCGGACGGCUACGACGGCCUGCAGGGCCCGCGCGGCCCCAUCGGGCCCCAAGGCGGCCCCGGCCUGCCCGGAGCUCCGGGCCGUGAGGGCAUCCCUGGCGAGAAGGGCAUGAAGGGCGACCCGGGCCUGUCCGGCUUCCCCGGCGAGGUCGGCCCCAAGGGCUACCCCGGACCGCAAGGACCCCCUGGCCUCAGGGGCGCCCCCGGCGAGCGCGGCAUCUCCAUCCCCGGCAAGAAGGGCCUGGACGGACUCCCCGGACGCGACGGCGAGAAGGGCCAGAAGGGCGACCGAGGUCCGCAGGGCCUGCGCGGCUUCCCCGCCGACUCGCUGGAGGGCAUCCCCGGCGCCCCCGGCAUGCUUGGACCCAAGGGCGACAAGGGAGUGGCAGGUCGGCCCGGCACCCCAGGCUACCCCGGUAUUCCGGGUGCCAAGGGCGACAUCGGCGGCCGCUGCCAGGACUGCUCGCCCGGCAACCCCGGCGAGAAGGGAGAGCCGGGCCAGGCGGGCUUCGACGGCCCGAGCGGCUUGCCCGGACCCCAGGGACAGCCAGGACGACCCGGACUCAUCGGCAACGACGGCAGGCCCGGCCUCCCCGGCCCACCCGGCCUUCCGGGUAGGGACGGCCCGCCGGGUAUCCAGGGCAACCCCGGCCUCCCCGGCAAGGACGCCCAGAUCUCGCGCGACCAGAUCCAGACGCAGCCAGGGCCCCCCGGCCUGCGCGGAGAAGUGGGGCGCGAAGGCCCCGCCGGCCCGAUCGGACCCCCUGGCGAGAAGGGCUCCCCCGGCCAGCCUGGCUUCCCCGGACUGAAGGGCGACAACGGCUUCCCCGGCCUGCCCGGCCUGGACGGCGCGCCCGGAAGGGCCGGCAACCACGGCGCCAAGGGCGAGAAGGGCACCAGCCUCAAGGGCGAGCCAGGCUUCCCCGGCCAGAACGGCUACAAGGGCGACAAGGGCAACGCCGGGCCGCAGGGAGACAAGGGCCCGCCCGGGCAGUGCCCCGCCAUGCCGGAGAACAUCUCGCAGGGCUACCGCGGCGAGAAGGGCAACGAGGGCAGGAAGGGCGAGUCUGGGCCGAUGGGCGAGCCUGGCUUCCCCGGCGAGAAGGGCCUGCAGGGGCUGCGCGGAGAACCAGGCCCCAUGGGCUUCAACGGCGAGCCGGGCGCCCCAGGGCCGCGCGGCAGCACCGGACCCCCCGGACUCAAGGGCGACCUCGGCCCCAUGGGCUUCCCUGGCGAACCUGGCAGGAACGGAGCGCCUGGAGCCCCUGGACUUCCUGGCUACAAGGGAGCCAAGGGUGACGCCGGCAUCUCCGCUGUUGGACCCCCCGGCCCGGCAGGCCCGCCCGGCCUCAAGGGAGAGAAAGGUCUGCCCGGUCUCUCUGGCAAGUUUGGACGCGACGGAUCUCCCGGUCUCAUCGGCUUCCGGGGCGAGAAGGGCGACCUCGGCAUCCCCGGUCUGAACGGCCCUCCCGGCCUGCCGGGCAGCAAGGGCGACCCCGGUCCGUUCGGGCCGCCAGGGCCCGCCGGCACCCCCGGCCGCGUCGGCGUGGACGGCACCAAGGGCGAGCCCGGCCCGGUCGGCCUGCCCGGCAGACACGGAGCCCUCGGCUUCCCCGGACCCAAGGGCGACCCCGGCCCAGCUGGCUUCGACGGCCCCAAGGGCUUCAUGGGGCCCCGCGGCGCGCCAGGCAUUCCCGGCGAACCCGGCAAGGACGGCCUGCCCGGCAAGAAGGGCGAGACGGGCCCCAUGGGAUUCCGCGGCCAGGCCGGACCUCAGGGCGAGGUCGGCAUGACAGGGCUGACCGGUGCUCCAGGCCCCAAGGGCGACGUGGGCUUGCCAGGGCCGCAGGGACUCUCGGGACUUCCAGGCAUUCCAGGCAGCAAGGGAGACGCCGGGCCUGAAGGUUUGCCGGGCCGCAAGGGCGAGCCUGGCCCCGUGUCCGCCAAGGGCCAGAAGGGCGAACCCGGCAUCCCCGGCGUGCGCGGCCCCGUGGGCCCCAAGGGCUACGACGGCCUGCCCGGCCUCAAGGGUGACGCCGGCCGGCCAGGCCUGGGCGUCCCGGGCCAGAAGGGAGAGCAGGGCAUGGUCGGCCGCCCCGGCGCGGACGGCUUCCCCGGCGCCAAGGGUGACCGCGGCGACAUGGGCUUCCCGGGACAGAAGGGCGAUCCCGGACUCCCCGGACUCAUCGGCGCCCCCGGCAUGCCCGGCGAGGACGGCAGGCCCGGCAUUGACGGCCUGGUCGGGCCCGUGGGCCCCGCCGGGUACCCAGGACUCAAGGGAGACGAGGGCAGGCCCGGCAUGCCCGGACUCAACGGCACCAAGGGCGACUACGGUCCGCCAGGACCGCCCGGGCCGCUCGGCAUUCCCGGACCUAGAGGCGAGAAGGGCGACAGCGGCCCGCCCGGCCCCAUGGUGAACGUGAAGGGCGACAAGGGAGAGCCCGGCAGGCCCGGCGUGCCCGGGCUGCCCGGCGACAAGGGCAUCCAGGGCCUGGACGGGCUGCCCGGACAGGCUGGAGACAAGGGCGACGUCGGCUACCCCGGACAGCGAGGACUCCCUGGAUUGGCUGGAGCUAUUGGACCUAAAGGUGAACCUGGUCUCAGUGGAGCUCCUGGCUUCCCCGGCCUGACCGUGAAGGGCGAGAAGGGUCUGCCCGGCCUGCUGUGCAAGAACGGACUUCCCGGCAUGGACGGCUUCCCUGGCGCCAGAGGUGACCGCGGUCUGCCCGGCCUGCCCGGACGGUCCGGCGAGCCCGGCCUGCCCGGUCUGCCCGGAGCCAAGGGCGAGCGAGGCAACCCCGGCCUGCCCGGUUUGAACGGCGCCCCAGGAGAGAUCGGCGAGCGCGGCUUCCCAGGGAGGGACGGCGCCCCCGGCCUGGUCGGACCCAAGGGCGACCACGGCCCUCCCGGCCUGUACGGCGCGCCCGGCGAGAAGGGCGAGGCUGGCCGACCAGGACUGCCCGGCUACAGCGGCCUGCCCGGCAUCAAGGGCGACCCUGGUCUCAACGGCUUCCCCGGCACCGUUGGCCCCGUGGGGCCCCCCGGACCCCCCGGCCUCACGGGCCUCCCCGGAACCGCCGGCCUGCCCGGCAGAGACGGCCAGAAGGGCGAGAAGGGCGACUCGCCCUUGUCGCCGCCGGGCCAGAAGGGCGACCGCGGCGUCCCCGGCCUGCCCGGCCGGCCCGGGCCGCGCGGCAUGGACGGCCUCAACGGCAUGCCCGGCCUGCAGGGCCUCAAGGGCGACAAGGGCCGGCCCGGCCUAGACGGCUCGCCCGGCCUGCCCGGCCUCACCGGCGACCGGGGCAACGACGGCGUCGAGGGCCAGCCGGGUGUGGCCGGCAUGGCCGGCGAGCCCGGGCUGCGCGGCGCCCCCGGCGCGUCGUGCCAGGCGCAGGGCGACUACCUCACCGGCAUCCUGCUUGUCAUGCACAGCCAGAGCGUGCACGUGCCGCAGUGCGAGCCCGGCCACAUCAAGCUGUGGGACGGCUACUCGCUGCUCUACAUCGAGGGCAACGAGAAGUCGCACAACCAGGACUUAGGUUUCGCCGGCUCGUGCGUGCGCAAGUUCAACACCAUGCCCUUCCUGUUCUGCGACUUCAACAACGUGUGCAACUACGCCAGCAGAAACGACAAGUCCUACUGGCUGUCCACCACCGAGGCCAUCCCCAUGAUGCCCGUGGAGGACCGCGCCAUCUCCAAGUACAUCUCCAGGUGUACGGUGUGCGAGGUGCCCGCCAACGUCAUCGCCGUGCACAGCCAGUCCCUACGGGUGCCCGACUGCCCCAACGGCUGGACCGGCCUGUGGAACGGCUACAGCUUCGUCAUGCACACCGGCGCGGGCGCGGAGGGCGGCGGCCAGUCGCUGGCCAGCCCCGGCUCCUGCUUGGCGGACUUCCGCGCCAGCCCCUUCAUCGAGUGCAACGGCGGCAGAGGGACGUGCCACUACUUCGCCAACAAGCUCAGCUUCUGGCUCGCCACCAUCGAGGCCGGCCAGGAGUUCGCCCGGCCCACGUCGCAGACCCUCAAGUCCGGCAACCUCCGCGAGCGAGUGAGCAGGUGCCAAGUCUGCAUCAGGAGAACGUGAGCAGGGAGAAGGACGAAGCUCGCCGAUCCGCCCCCCUGCUGACGCCGACCUGCGCGGCCUGCGGCCUGUGGCGCCACCUAGUGGGAAAGGACAUCAAUCGACUGGGAGCCGCGGCUGCUUAGGACAGCUCCAAGGCUGGCGCGGGGAAGCUCCAAGGACGAACAGGGGGCGGCAUUCAAAUGUGAUCCUCCAGAUUUUUUUUUAAAUUUUGAAAGAGCAAUCAACCGACUGUGUUCGUAGCAGCGCUGCGCCGCGCCCACACCCCCGCCACACUCAGCACCACUGCCCGGCACUACCCCGCGCACAAGCUAGAAGCACUGAGCCGCGGGGUAGCGCCAAACCUCGCUCGCUCCGACACUCUCUUGGCAGGCAUGGCAUGCUGCCAGGCCGUAUGAGGUAUCAAAUACUUCACGUGGACGCCUAGGGAAAUUUUGAUAUUACGUUUAUAGAAUUGGGCCAAUUUUCUAUUUUUCUACGAAACAUAUACUUUCCAUUUUGUGGGUUACCGAGAAAGAGAGGAGUUAUUGGGAGAUGGAGAGUGAAAUCGGAAGAGCGAGACCAAAUCGUCGUUAACUAUUUAAUAGACAUAAAAAUAAUAUAGGGGCUGGAUAUUGUAUGUAGAAUUGUUGCAAGUGUUUGAAGCUGAAUUGUGAUGGAAGUUGGAAUCUUCCCCCUUUCUAAACCAAGGACCAGGUUGAGGCUGACUUUUUUACUAAAUCACCAAACAAAAAGCGAUGUAAGUCAUUCGGUUCUCUUUUGAAAAAAUAACAGGGUAGCGAAGCUAAGCAUGUUCCUAGAUUGUAAAUUAUUUUUAGAAUAUUUUAUUUAAUUAAGUACAAUGAUGGCCGGCCACUAUUCACGGAUCACUUUACGUCUCCUAUUUUGACUGGUGCGAACGGCUGCACUUCUGUAUUCUUCGUGUUUUUUUUCUAGAAACGUGAAGUCUUCCAUACACUGCCAAAAAAAACGAAAAGAAGUCAAGAAAGUCGCUCCGAACUACCGCCGAGGUAGCAGGGGGAACGAUCUUUCAUUGACCAGCCUCACCGGGUGUGCCUAGUCAGACAUGAGGCUUUACAGUCAAAUUCACAUCAAAAAAUAAUUAAUUGACAACUCGCCCGCCACGGAAAGUGGAAUAACCCUUCUUGUGCCAUACCGAAAGUUUCAAGUCUACUUACGAGCUGUGCCAUACGCGAUUCAAACACCGCUUUGUUUUUACGACAUUCCUGUUCCAUGCCCUUCUACCUCUGCGUAUUUUUUUUUUCAGAGUAUUUUUUUUCACCUCUUGAGUCGUUGCCGUUCCAUCAGAACAUGAAGUCAGUCAUAUAUUUAAUUUAUCGCUCUACCAAAUAUUUUAGUAAGUGAAUAUUAUUGUAUGUUUUAUAUGUGUUGUUUUCUGUGUCCACACAUGUAUUUAAUUGCAUGUUUGAAAGUGUAAAUUAACUUCGAGCAAAAGUGAUCGUUAAUAUAAAAAUCUAGUGCAUAAAGUUACUGUUGAUUCUGGUGCUAUGUCAAUUUAUUUUGUACAAAAUAGGUGUCUGUCCGCACUGCCAAAUUGUUGACUUCUUGUAAAAAUUAGGAAAUAUAAAUAAAAGUCGAAUAUAUCUUA